AUGUCAACAACAACAAACAAACUAAGACACAAAGAACCUAAGAAGCAUUGGUCAAGGUAUAUAUGGAGUAACUUUUUACAUCCAAGUAUAGCAAGCAAUAUCUGGAAAUUGGUGCAAGGAAUAUACAUUGAUGAUGCAAUCAUGGUAAGUAAAGGGUAUGAGUUGGCAUCUAGAUGUUGUGUCUGUGAAAAUGAUCAGGAUAGCAUGGACCAUUUACUUUGGAAAUGUGUUGUUAGUGUUGAAAUAUGGAAAUGGAUUUUAACAAUUUUUAUGUCCAAGGCUCCUGAAUCAUUUGAAGAUGUAUGGAAAUGUGCAAAAAAACAAAGUCCUCUCAUACAGGAAAUCUGGAUUACAACUUCUUGUGUUAUUCUCAAGGAAAUAUGGUUCCAAAAGAACAAGAAGUACUUUGAAGAAGUAAAACCAAAUGCUCAGAAUAUUCAAAGGAAAGUAAUCAAAUAUAUGCAGGAAGGUGGUCUAAGAAUUAAAGGGCAUAAAUGGAGUCAAGUUUAUGAUGAUCAGAUAAUAAAUUUUUUCAACCUAGGUCACAGAAAAACUAAAUUCCAGUGCAUCAAAGCAUGUUUCUGGACUGCUCCAACAAAUGGUUACGUUCUUUUUUGCUGUGAUGGAUCAUCAUUUGGGAAUCCAGGAGCAGCUGGCUUUGAAGUGGUCAUCAGAGAUGAAUUUUGCCAAGUAAUAGGUACUUUAUAUGGUGUUUUGGGAAUGGCAACAAAUUACAUAGCAGAGAACUAUGCAGCGUUACGUGCAACUGAGUUAGCUAUGGAAUGGGGAUUAACAAAGAUCGUAAUAAGAUCACACUCCAAAACUGUAUUGCAGGAGUUUGGAGCAAGCAAAUUACCAUGGUUUCUGAAAUCCAGAUGGAGAAGAGCACAAUCAAAAAUUCCUUUCAUACAAUUUGAACAUUGUUACAGAGAGGUAAAUUUUUCUGCUGACACUGUGACUAAGAGAGGAGCUAAGCUGAUGGCAGGUGAAAGACAGUUCCACAAAGGCAAACCUAAUUUCUUACCUAGAAUUGAAAUGCCUCGUUGUGAGUAUUAUAGGUUCUGUUAG